GACAUAAGUAUGGUAGACCAUUAUCAUACUGACGUAAACACUUGGUCUUUCUUUCCUCAAUUUCUUGUCACAAUGCGCCAUCACGAUUACCCAUUUAUUGUCUUCAGUGAAAAUAAAAUUUUAGAAACCAUGCCUGUCUCAGAGACAUCGAGUAGUCAGAGCGCAAGUGCACUUAUUUCUGAACACUAUGAAGUUAUCGAAAGCAGAAAAGCGGAGCUAAUGUCAGAUAUGAAAACAUUCGAGACAUUAGUGAAGAUUAUAAACGAUGAUAUCAAAAAUGACAAGCUUUAUGAAACAUAUAAGACCCUUAGGCAGUCUCUUGUUGACGAGACCAUCGCAUGUAAUGAAGCUCUUAACGCAAGAAGACAGCAGCAAACCUGA